AUGGCUGCACCAGAGCAACUGGCCUUGGAAGAGGCUCUCAAAAAGGGGAGCUCAGAUUUGAAGUUCACGUUGACGAGAAACGAGGUUUCAGAUGAACUGCAAGCAGCUUUUUAUAGGAAUGGGGUUACAACUAUUCCGAAGGUCUCUUCAUUCUUUCGUUCAGAGGAUGACUUGGUGACUGUCCUGAAGGAAUCCUUCAACACGGAUUCAGAUCACAGUUUGGCUGAUAGGUCUCAGGUUGCGUCAGUGAUUUGUGCGUGGCGUGAGACGCAGACUCGACAGAAGAGACAGAUAGAGGUUGAAGCAGAGAUGGAUACAAGAGAGUGGACAAAGCCCAUUCCUACAGGUGACUAUAUCAACAUGAGAAAUGCAUACAUGAAGGUGCAUGGAAAGAUUGAAGAUAAGGUUACUCCGUCAAAGGAGUAUCUGGAGAAAAAGUUACAGGAACUUGAAAACGGCGAGUUUCGGGCGGAGACCAUGGCCGAGGUGGUGUCGAAGGACGAGGUGGAUCCUGAUGUGAUGAUUCCCAUUUUUGAUUCAAAGGGAAGCCUUUCUGUCAAGCGGGGAUCAACAACUAUACCACUUCCUACAGGGCCUGAACAGUUGAGGCGCAGGUUGACUGUCAUGCUGAAUGCCAUUCUCAUGCUUGCUUUGAAACAUACGAAUCGUGAGGAGAUUCAAGAUGUGUACUUUGCAUUGGAGGUGAUGGUCUUGACCGUAGCUCUGCCAUUGGGGGGGGAGAACCAAGAGCUGGGUGAGGAUGACUAUGGUUUUGAGAAAUCUUUGCCAAGCGUGGCAUGUAGCAUCAGUCCUGUGCCAAGCAUUUUGGAUGAUCCUGACAUUCAUGAAGAAGCAGUAGAACCCGAUACAGAGCAAUUGAAAAGCAAACGCACUUUUCAGGAAUCUGGGAUUAGUUCUGAAGUUGAGCGGAAAAAGAAAGACAGGAUUGCUCAGCAGGUUUUGGAUGCUACCUUGAUUUUGAGUCGAAAUGAGAAGAUGCUGCAGGCCGUGCAGGUUGGUAUACCCAAAAUUGACUUGGUGUCAGAUAUUUUCAGACUUCCAAUGUUGGGAAGGCUUGCGCACAUUGAGAACGCUAUGCAUGAUGAGACGUUGAACCGUCAGGCAACAACUGGCUUGAGUGGUCCGCUUCCUUUUACCAAGAGGCGGUUGUUGACGGCAAAGCUGGCCAAGUCAGAUGAUGAGCUGCUGACCUCAGCACUACGGAAGUUGCGCAACUUGGUACUGUACUGGCCAGAGGACAGCAAACUUGGCAGAGCAUUGCUAACCUCGGCAGGUGCAGUAGUGGGAGAGGAUGUCCUCCAACAAUCCCUCAAAGACUGUUUUGCUGGUAAAGCGGUUGCAACAUUGGUGAAGAGGGCGGCAGAUUUUACAAGGUUUGCUGAAUGGAUGAUACAGUCGGGAAGGGGCAGACCCUUAAAGCCCAUGGAAGCCGACUUGUAUGGUUACAUAUCCAUGUUGCGUGCCAGUGGAGCAGGUGCCACAGCAGGUGAGUCGUUUUUGUCUGCCUGGCGGUUCAUGGUGCACACUGUUGGAGCAGGACAGGCGGUGAACAAUGAUUUGAUUUCUGGCAGGGUGCUGGGUGCAGCCAAGGAUUUGGUUUCGAAGAAGCGGGCUUUGCAUCAAGCGCCACCGCUCACUGCAGACAUGGUAUGGAAGCUGGAAGGCUUGAUGGCUGCACCGAUAUCCCAGAGGUUCAAAGCAAUCCUAGGGUUUUUGCUGUUUUGCCUUUAUUCUUGCUGUCGAUUUGGAGAUGGCACCAGGGCCCACGAACCUACUCUGUCCCAGUUUCAGCACAUCAUUUUGGUUGAGACCGCAUGUUCAGAGUACAAAACAGCCACUGGUGAGAGGCGAGCAGUGUUGCUGCCCCUAGUAGCCUUAGGUUCUGGUCUAUCUGGCUCAGGAUGGGCACUUUCAUGGAUGGCUGCGAGAAGGGACAGUGGUUUGAGGGGUAAAACUUUUCUCAUGCCGGCUGAUGCGGAAAACAGUGACCAUUGGCUGGAUCGAAGGAUGACCACAGCAGAGGGGUCAUACUGGUUGAAAGACCUAUUGGUCUUGUCAGGCUUGAAAGAGCCGGAGGCAGCUGGUUUCUCAACUCACUCACUCAAAGCCACACUCCUCAGUUGGGCUGCGAAGUCAGCGACAUUUGAUUUGCAAGAGCGCCUCAUUUUGGGGCACCAUUUGGAUGAGGAGACAAAGAUGGCCGUGACUUACUCACGUGACGCAAUAGCAGCUACUAUGGUGAAGGUGUACCGGAUGCUUGAAACUGUGAGACAAGGCAUCUUUGAUCCCGAUGCCAGCAGAGCAGAGAGGAUUGCCAUGGCGACUGGUUUGAGCCACUUGGCCACGCACCUCCCGGAGAAGAAUGAGAUGGAGCUGGACCUUGAAGAAAGACUGUGCAAGGAGAUUGAACGCGCUGACCAGUGCGAUACAGACGUGGAAGAGGAUAGGGCUGAGAUUCAGCCGGUGAGGAUUCCAGAAGUGGACCAAGGUGGCAUGGCUUUGUUUGAAAACCCAGAAGACUUGGGAGCGAUCAAGUCGGGGGAGCACAGAGGUAAACGACCAGCAAGCAUGUGGCAGUGGAAUGAGUUUCAACGUCUUCUGGAAAGGCAAGAUGUUGAAACGGUUGCGCUUUAUCAGCAAGACUUUGGGACUGAGUACUUGAAACCAACAAGGUUGAUGCUGGCGAAUUUCAAGUAUCAUCAUGAUUCCUUCUGCAAAGGUGGGCCAUUUUUUGAUGAGCAAGGUUUUUACGCUGGUCCACUGGAGUCCAGGGACGCAACAAGACAGCUUGUGGGCAAUAUUGGAAGUUCCUUUGCAACAACAGGUACAGAGCAGUGGCCUUCAGACAUGUGCAAAUGGAUUGCAGAUACAAUACUUAGACAAUUUACAGAGAAGCAGAUCAAGGACAGUGUCAUCGCUGACGACGGAGCAGGGGGAACAAACUCUGACACUCUCCCAUACCCCAUCUUGAAACCAGAUGGACAUAAACUCUACGGUGGCACUGGAAGUCCGAGACAAUGUCAGCAACCGGGUAAGGAGAGACAGUUUCAUGACGGUGCAGGCCUUUCUUCAAUGGGUAGAUGGGAUGCAAACAAGCGCAUUUGGUCGGAGACACCCUUUUGGAAAGAACUGAGAAAGGAGACCUUGGAGAUGAUCCUCAAACACAUUGGGGACGAGAGGACAUUGAACAGAGCUUGUUUUGAGAUGGCGGUGCGUGGCGAGGAAGGAUGUGCUAUUGUUUCGGAUGAAGAGCUAAAGGCUAAGAUACGCGCACUUUGGAUCAGACUCUUGGAAAAACAUGGUAGCAAACAGGAGGGAUUGGAGACCCGAGCAGAAGGUCAACCUUUUUACUUGAGGCUCAUGAAGGAGUUGCUAGCGUUUGCAGAUGAUGUUGACAGGGAAUUCCUUUUGGAAGGCGAAGUGGGUUUUCCUGUAGGUGUCUUGGCACCACUUCCAAGAACGCCUCACGUCUACGAGGAACAAACCAGCUGGCGUUUGGAGGAAGAGCCUCUCAUGAGAGAGGAGGUCUGGCGUUCAAAUUACCAGUCAGUGGACCUUCAUACUGACUUUGUCUACAGCCAUUUUGAGGAGGAAUGCAAAGAAGGCUUGAUGGAGAAACUGACUUUGGAACAAGCAAAAGAGAAGUACGGUGACAAAAUAGCUAUUUCUUCUCUUGCAGUCUUGGUGGAAGAAAACCAUCAAGGGAAGCGUCGGAUAAUACACGAUGCAACACAUGGCACAUUGGUCAACAACAGGAUCAGAUGUCGGGACAAAGUCAGAAGUCCCAGUGCACGGGAGAAGCAGUACCUGUUGGCGCUUUUCAAGGGCCAAAACAGUUCAGUUUGUAGUCUCGUAGGAGACAUCAGCAAAGCACACCGGAGAUUCCUUCAUGCGCCGUGUGAGCGCGGACUGCUUGCGUGCAAAGUGAAGGAGGAUGACAACUUUAUUUACGUGAAUAAGGUUGGCACAUUUGGAGUGGCAUGUGCAUCAUACUGGUGGUCAAGGAUUUCUGGAGCCGGUGUGAGGCUGAUACAUGAGUUGCUGGGCCGUGACAUGGCAAUUGAUAUACUUAUUUUUGCGGACGAUAUAGAGGCCAUCGCGGCCAACGCUGGUGGAAGGUUUGAAGAAGGUGGUCAGUUGCAGGAGCCACCCCCUUUGGCAGGCAGUUACAAUGCUGAGCAAAGCCUCCUUUUUUACACUGAUGCCAAGGCCACUGAACAUGGAGCAUGGAUAGGCGGUUACAAACAAGACGCCGAUGGUAACGUGCUGGAGUGGUUUUCAGAAGAGAUACCGCAUUCUUGUGCGGAAUGGAUGACGUUGAAGAAAGACCCAAAAAGGGUUAUUGCAACAUUAGAGUUGUUGGCGAGCUUAGUUGCUGUGAAGCUUUGGAUGCCACAGAGCAAGGAGCAUACCAAAGCCACCUGCUAUUUGAAGGGUAUGACUGACAAUUUAGGCAACACCUUUGCUGUUUCAAAGUGGAUGAGUACGAAGUUUCCUUUGACAGUUUUUGUCAUGGAGUUAUCAGAAACCUUGAGGCGGGGCAACUGCCUACUUUCACUGGAUUGGGUCAGGCGAGACAACAAUCAACUCGCUGACGACUUGACGAACCAGGUUUUUGAUAAGUUUGAAAUGAAGUUGAGAGUGAGGUGGAAGCCCGAAACACAGGAGUGGCACAUACUGAAUCAGUUUCUUGAGCACUCCAAAGGCUUCCACAACGAAAUGAAGAAGAGAAAAGCGGAAGUGCUUCCGCCGGUUGCCCAGGUCAAGAAAACACGGAAAAAGCUGAGCCCAUGGUAG